AUGAAUAACACACUAACCAUCCAGACCAGGAAAUUUGUGACCAACCAACUACUUCGGCAGAUACAAAUGGUCAUCGAUGUUCUUUACCCUGGAAAGGCAACAGUACCUAAGACAGAAAUUUGGGAAAAACUAGCCAAAAUGUACAAGACUAUACCAGAUGUCAUCUUUGUAUUUGGAUUCAGAACCCAUUUUGGUGGUGGCAAGACAAUUGGCUUUGGCAUGAUUUAUGACUCCUUGGAUUAUGCAAAGAAAAAUGAACCCAAACACAGACUUGUAAGACAUGGUCUGUAUGAGAAGAAAAAGACCUCCAGUAAACAGUGAAAGGAACGCAAGAACAGAAUGAAGAAAGUCAGGGGGACUGCAAAGGCCAAUGUUGGUGCUGGCAAAAAGAAGGAGU